GUCUGUCUGAGUGUCCAUCACGGAGCCCGGGGAUUUAGCGUUGCCAAAACGGCAUUCAAAUCGUUCGCAAAAGAGACGCAAUCGCAAAGCAUCGAUCAUUAUUUCUCCACACAGUGACUUGUGCAAUCGCUUUUGCAAGUCAACUCCGAGGAGUGCACUGUGGUAUCCUGCUAUUAAACAUGUUCGCGUUGAGAAAUUCAAUACCGUCAUAGCCUGCUGUAUCCAUCAGUUGUGUCCAACAACGUGUUCAAAAUGCACCCUCUGAAGUCUGGCAUUAUCUAUCUUGCUAGUCUUUCAACGGCAACAGCGAAACAGUACUUCUCGAUCUCCUUGCAAGAGUGUCUUGCCACAAACCAACACUUUGACAAUAGUACCACUCUCUGUGAUGUCGCUAAAGAUGUGUUCCCUAUCAAAUGUACCAUUCUAUUUUUAUACAGCCUAAUCACGUUUGUCGGUCUUGUGGGUAACUUUUUGGUUGUUUGGGUUGUGGCGCGCACCAAAUCCAUUCAAACGAUCACAAACAUUUUCAUCGCCAACCUUGCUGUUUCGGAUAUUCUAAUGUGUACCGUAGCCACUCCAUUCACCCCGCUUUCAUUGUACAUGAAAACAUGGACGUUGCCGGAAAUUGUGUGCAAACUGUUACCAAUCACCAUGGGUGUCUCCGUCUACGUGUCCACACUGACAUCCACUGCCAUCGCUCUGGAUCGCUUUUUCGUCAUCGUGCAUCCAUUCCUACCCCGAAUGCGUGUCUGGUUGUGUUUCGUAAUAAUAGUAACCAUCUGGAUUAUAUCGAUCCUAAUCUCCAUGCCACUGGCUGUUUAUCAUCAAAAAAGACAAGAUAAGGAGAAGCAAAUUUGGGCUUGCCAAGAGAAUUGGCCAAAAGAAUCUUCUCGUGAGGUAUUCACCAUUGUGAGUUUCAUACUUCAGUUCGUCGUUCCGUGCAGUAUCAUCACGGUGUGCUAUUUCCGCAUCAGCCUGAUUCUUCGCAUGCGACUUCGAAGCAAAAUUGGCAGUGGGACCAAGAGCCGUUCGCAAGAUGUGAACGAGAUCAGGCGAAAGCGUCGUACGAAUUCCAUUCUAAUCGCCAUGGUGGUGAUUUUUGUGAUUUGUUGGAUACCACUGAACAUGUUACUCAUUUCCACUGACGUGCUUUCCGAAAGCCACGCCAAGAUAAUCAACAACUCUUCCUAUUUCAGCUUAAUUUUUCUUGUCUGUCAUUUGAUCGCAAUGAGCAGUGCAGUGUAUAAUCCUUUUCUAUACGCCUGGAUGAAUGAAAAUUUCAAGAAAGAGGUGCGGCGCAUGCUUCCUGGUAUUUGUCGAGGUUCGUCAAAUGAAAACCACCGAACGACAUUUCAAACAUUUGCUGGUGAGUACAGUGCACUUCCAACCAACGAACGGCAAUUAUUCGCGAACAACGCACUCAUUCCUUUGAAAGUAGUCAAUGCGGAAUUGAAAAGGGAGGAAGACGAAGCGGCGAAAGCAAUACCAGAACAUCCAGAGAGACCAUUAAAUGUGGAGUCAAACUGCGUCAAAUCAAAAAAUGAUGCACCAUUAGAAGAGUUGAAUCUGCCGCAACCCAACGACGGCUUACAAAGGGAAGAAUAUUCGAUGUCAAACAUCCCAAGCCAUUGUUUUCAUCCGGCUAAGCUUUAAUAAUGCAUCUCAUUAGAGACGUGAUCCGUGGUAUCGUUACAUGCGUCUGCGGCACACUCGAGAUGGGCGAACGGAUACCAAUUCUCCACCCAAAUUCAUUUGGUGGUUUCAAUUCUUCGCCAAACAUGAAGCACAAAAACUCGCAUAUUACUCAUGUACAUUAGGUGUUUUGAAUGUUGAUUUGCUUUGUAUGCUGCACAUGUUUACCUUGGAAAACCCGUAUUGUAUAGUG